CGGGUAUGCACGGAGUAGCACAUGACCUGUGUUCGACCUCUCGAUUUAUUUUGUUUUAUUUUGUUAAAAUUCUCAAUAUAAUUGUGCAUUUCUUCCCACGCAAAGGAACUUCAUUAUCACAGCUGCUAUGCUAUAGGGUCAAUUACAUGCAUCCAUGUAUCGCAUGCUUGUGUGAGUCGAAGGACUGGAAGGAUUUUUCUAAAUGUCGACAUUUUAUGUUGAUGAAACUCCACCCGAGCAAACGGAACAAUCAGAAGAACCGCCACAAACAGAAGAUUCCCAGGAAUCCCCAGACGAUUACGCUGUCGAUACCGAGGAAUUCGAGGUCUUGGCCAAGACAUUUAAGAUUAUCAUCAUAGGAGAUAGUAAUGUCGGUAAGACUUGUCUUGCCUAUAGGCUUUGCACGGGGAAAUUUCCGGAACGCACCGAGACCACGAUAGGGGUCGACUUCUGGGAAAAGUCUUUGGAGUUAAAUGGCGAGUUUGUUAAGUUGCAGCUAUGGGAUACUGCUGGACAAGAGAGAUUCCGGAAGAGCAUGGUGUGCCAUUACUACAGGAACGUCAACGCUGUAGUUUUCAUGUAUGACAUCACUAGAAAGUGUUCCUUUGAAGCUCUAACCACAUGGAUAGUUGAAUACAGGCAUCAUGCUUACUCAGGAGAUGUACCCAAGAUCUUAAUUGGCAACAAAUGUGACCUUGGACUUGAACGAACUGUCAGUUCUAAUAUUGCUCGGAAGUUUGCUGAUUCUCAUAAUAUGCCUUUAUGGGAAAUUUCUAUAAAAAAUGAUGCAGAGCUGGAACAAAUUGAAGCAAUUUUUCUUACCCUGACACACAAACUUUUGAAACAUAAGCCACUUAUGAACCGAGAGAGAACAAUGACUGCAGAUGAAAAUGUGUCUGAUGAAAGCAAAGUCAAAAGAAGAUCAAGAGGGGGGUCUAAGAAACCAAUAAAGCUUGCUCCUCAAAAUUCUAUUGAAAAGAAGAAGUGCACUUGCAACUAAUCUUAGAUUUUUCGUCACGUACCAGGAUUUGCUGAGGUUGUGCAGUCAUAGGUAUCAUAUAUUUAUAGUAUUUGACAAUCCUUCAAUAAGAAAUGCCCUAUUUUUGGUGGCAAGGGGGGAUUCACCUGAUGUGAUAUGAAACUCCACACCUAUUGAUUGAAAAUAGAGAAAUUUGCCCAGACAUAGACUUUCCAAAAUUAUGAUGGGUCUCAUUAAAUUGUUUUCACUAAUUAUUUGUAAGAAGCACUAGGGAAAGAGAGUAGAAUUAUAGAAUAAAGUAUCAAAUUCAAUUCUUUUUCAUAAGAGAAUUUCCAAAAGUACAAAUAAAUGUUUAUAGAUUAGGUAUUGCUAAGAUUUUGGUUAGUGGAGAAAUAGAUGCUUGGGCUAAAUAUGCACAUACAUGAAUAUAAUCAUUAAACAAUUUUCACUUAA